AUGGUACACCCAAGGAGACCACAGGCCUUCGCUGAGCGCUGUAUCGCUGUCUUUCGCCAGCUGCCGGUCCACCUACAGGCCGCAUUCAAGUUCAGAGUACUGGGGUCUUCUGCCGUUCUAGGCGCUCUGAUCAUCGUGCUGCGCUUCGCUUUGUCGCGCUCACGGCGAAAGUCCCGGAGAGUUACUGACUUUGAGCGUAUCGCUCGGCGACUGAAGGACGACAAGAAGUCCGGCGCAAGCGAAUAUGACAUAGUGAUUGUAGGCGGCGGGACAGCUGGCUGUGUGCUUGCUUCUCGCUUGUCUGAGAACCCGAAGCUUCAGGUCUUGCUCAUCGAGGCCGGCGGCAGUUCUGUGCACAACCCCCUCUCGCGCGUCCCAGCCAUGUACCACAAGUUCUUCCAUACAGGAUAUGACUGGGACAUAUUCACUGUCCCCCAAGAACAUGCUGCAUCGAAACGCAAGUACUGGCCAAGGGGAAGGAUGUUAGGCGGAUGCUCGUCUAUGAAUGCUAUGAUGUAUGGCUCAAUCCCCUUUCACCAUGGCGCCCCUUCAGACUUCGACGAGUGGGCUGCAAUGCAGAAGGGCCAAGAGGGCGCUUCGGAUUGGACACAUGAGAACUUCAGCAAAUACUUCCGGAAGUUUGAAAAGUUCCAUCCGAGCAAGGAUUACUCACUGGUUGACGUCGCCCUUCGUGGGACCUCAGGGCCGGUGCAUGUGGGCUACUUCGGGAAUGAUUCUGACACUACCAAGUACUUCCUUGAGGCCUGCCACAACGCCGGACUGGAGCGUAGCCCAGAUCUGAAUACGGAGAAGGGUACCCUCGGGUCGAGCAAAACGAUGACGUUCAUCGACUCUAAAGGGCGGCGCGUGACGACGGAGUCUGCGUACCUUACCCCGGAAGUGCUUGCGCGCCCGAACCUUGUCAUCGCUACCCACGCGCAGGUGACGCGUAUCGUGUUCGAGACGACUGAGGGUAAGGCUCCGAGAGCGGUGGGGGUGCAGUUCAAAGACAGGACAGGAGAGUUGUUCGAGGUGAGGGCGAAGAAGGAGGUAGUGAUAUCAGCGGGUGCCAUACAUACACCUCAAAUCCUCAUGCUCUCGGGCAUCGGUCCAGCAGACCACCUCGCCUCGCACGACAUCCCCGUCCUCGUUGACCACCCGGCGUCGGUUUGGGAAGGUAGACCCGCAGCAAUCGUCAAGCAGUUGACGUACUUCGCUGAGUAUAAGCUCUGGGCGACGGGCCCGCUUACCACGAAUGUUGCUGAAGCCGCCGCGUUCGCGCGUUCCUCUGAUGCUUCUCUCCUGGCUAAGGCUGGUGUCACACUGUCCGCGUCGGACGACCUGGAAGACUCCACGUCGGGGCCGGGUGCGCCAGACAUUGAGAUAUUCUUCACGCCGCUGUCGUAUAUCGAACACGGGAGGAUUCCCUUCCCGCAGGGACAUCACGUCGGGGUGCAUAUCGUCCUCCUGAGGCCGACAAGCACGGGCACCGUGAGACUGCAGUCCGCCAACCCGUCCGACGCGCCGACCGUUGAUCCCAAAUACCUCGCCACGCAACACGACAUCGCCGUCCUCGUCCGCGCGACGCGCCUCAUCGCGCACAUCGUCAACACGCCUCCGUUCUCGUCCGCGGUCCUCGACCCCGCCGGGGCCGCCGACACCUCGGGCCUGCUCAACCACACCCUCGCGCAGCAGUCGGACGCGGAGAUCGAGGCGACCAUCCGCGACCGCGUCGAGACGCUGUACCACCCGACGUCUACCGCGCGGAUGGCCCCGCGGGAGGACGGCGGCGUGGUGGACCCGCUCCUGCGCGUGCACGGCGUCGAGGGGCUGAGGGUGUGCGAUGCGAGCGUGUUCCCGACCAUCACGAGCGGGCAUACCGUCUCGCCGACAAUUGCACUCGCGGAGAGAGCUGCGGAGAUGAUUCUCGAGGCGUAUAGGGAGUGA